AUGGUAGUGAACACAGAGUCGAAUGAAGCAAAUGACUUGAAGGUGAAGGCGUCGGUUGAGACGUUUCUAAAUUACCUGAAAACCCCGGCCAAAUUGCCGGAAGAGACGCUGCAAGAAUUGCUCGAUCACAGCGACUGGUCGGAGAAGAAAUUUCUGCUUUGGCUGUUACGCGCGGCAGCUGAGAUCUCGUUUGCGUCACUGGGGAAGAAGAGCGGCGUUAUCGUCUCGAACGUCUAUCGCUUCCUUCGGGCCGUCAACGAGCGAUUUUUCGAUGAGACUAGUGAAUUUUGGAGGAAUGCGCGAAAAUUGCACAACACGUUGAAGCGGGCCUACCAAAAUGCCUGGCUGAAUAUAACAAAAGCUGAGUUGUCCGUGAAGGCGCUCAACAAUAUUGUGCCGUGCCUUGUCUCGGAAGUCUUCCCAAAGGUCCCAGAACCGUUUGCAUUUGCCGAUUUUCUAUUUAAGGUGUUCAACUUCCAAGACGAAACGAUGGCGCUGGCGUUGGAGGGCAUUUUGGAGCUGAUGAUCAAGCAUAACUUCGAAUACCCAAAGCUCUACGAGUACGUCUACAGCCAUACCAGUACAAGCAUCUGGUAUACACCGCAUAAGCUCAAGUACCUGAACUGCUUGGACACGAUGCUGCGUUCUACGCACAUUCCCGAUUACGUGGCCGCUGGUUUCGCGAAGAAAAUCGCUCGCUCUUGCCUGAUGGCUCCUCUGGACAUGCAGGAGCCGUUGAUCGCGCUUGUAGCCAAUCUUCAGAUCCGUUACCCCAAUCUCAGCUGUCUCACCGAUCGCUCGAAGCCAGCUCUCUCUACUGACCCUUAUCUGGAAGAUGUAUCGCUGUUCGAAUGUAAGGCCUUGGAGUCGAGUCUAUGGGAAAUCAAGACUCUCCAAAAGCACUGGUGUGAAAGGGUGGCAAAACGAGCCACAUUCAUCGAGAGGAAACCGGAAAAGAUGGAAUCCCUCGUGCGAACAAAGUCGCUAGAUGACAUGAAAUCCGAUUUUCUGGCGAAAUCCGCGGCCUGGCUACGCCGUAUUAAUGCGGACGAUGAUGAGGAUUCUAACGAAGACGACCAGUCUGAAGAUCCCUAUCAGGCGCACCUGCAAAAGCGGAAAAUGAAGGGCGGCAAAAAGAACGGAAAACGCGCAAGGCCCGGAGACGAGAUUCAGCUCAACUCCGACCGCCCAACCGCGAACAGCGGCCUGAAUUGGGACCUCGUCGGCAUUAUGUCGUUCACCCGAAAGGGCUCAAAAGACGGAGAAAUGACUGAUUUGCGAGCGGACGCUGGUUUUCGACCACUUGUCUUGCCAUCGGACGAU